AUGAGAAAUGUUAUUAUCAAUGACUACCAAAUAUCCUCAUUCUGCUCUAACAAUGUCAGAACUACAAAAUAUACCCUCUACUCAUUUCCGAUCAAAAACCUUUUCGAACAGCUUCAUGAGCCGUCGAAUCUAUACUUCGUUUUUAUCGCCGUGCUACAAGUGAUACCAAAGAUAUCAGCAACACAUGGCAUACCGGUCAUGCUAUUGCCACUAUCAAUUGUUAUGCUUGGUAAUGCCGUUAAGGAUGCGUAUGAAGACUACAGAAGGUAUCUCGCCGAUAACGAAGUUAAUAACAGCGUUGCCAAUGUUGUUAUACAUCCAAAACUAACAAAACAUAAUGAAAGUGUACAAAUUGAAACUGAUGAAAACCCAGCGGCGGAUGCAGGUAUCAUAAAGGCAAUAGAUGAUAAGAGAAUAGUGCCAGCAAGAUGGCACGCUCUAGAAGUAGGAGAAGCAGUAAUACUGCAAAAUGGCGACACCGUACCAGCAGAUAUGAUACUCAUAGGUUCAUCAGAAGUUAACGGGGUAGCAUUCGUAGAAACAUCAUGUCUAGAUGGUGAAAGCAAUCUAAAGAAAAAAGAAGCAGUCAUCAAAAUUGCUGAAUACCUCACAAGAGAUCUAGAUGUUACACUGGAAAGAGUGAGGAAUGUACUUGGCAGGAUAACUUGCGAACCACCAAACCAACACCUUAUCACAUUCGACGGAACCUUGCACUACAAGAUACAGGAUGAUGAUUACAAUGGAAGAAGGAACAGUACAAAUUCUACCGCAAGCAGACAGUCGGCAUCAAACGAACUUGGGCUCACUGAAACACCAAUUACCAUGUUGCAACUGCUACUCAGGGGAUGCAAAUUGAGGAACACACGAUGGGCUGUUGGUAUAAUAGUAUACAGCGGUCAUGAAACCAAAAUAUACAAAAACAUACCAAGCGCACCGCAUAAAGUUAGUAACCUUAACAAAAUUAUGGUAAGACUCACAUUCAUCGUAUGGAUUUUUCAAAUCGCAUUAUGCUCAGUCGCUGCAUCAUGGACCUUAUAUAGACAUAUAUAUAAACUGGAUGAAACGAUGCCAUACCUAGUAGGAAAAGAUAAAAAUGAUUCAGUAUGGAGCAUAUUCUUUGUCUCAUUUUUCAGCUGGAUUGCCAUAUCAGCAACGUUCGUACCGAUCAGUACCAUUGUUAGUAUGAACAUCGCCAGGAUAGCGCAGGCAUUUUUCAUACAUUCUGAUACGGAUAUGUAUUACGAUGAAAUAAACAUGUACGCUGCAGCGCGCACUACCUCACUCAACGAAGAUCUUGGACAAGUACACUAUCUAUUCUCCGAUAAAACAGGAACGCUAACGUGUAACAAAAUGGUUUUCAGGAAAUUGGCUGUUGCGGGAAGAUCGUACGGCAAAGGUUAUACCGAUAUAAGGAGGUUUGUUCUCAGCAGACAAGGCGCUAUACUAGAACCAGAGCCAGAAAACCCACUAUAUGAUAAGGCGUCACAUGUCAAUCUCGUGGAUGACCAACUCUUCAAACAUCUAAAAAAUCACAGUGAUCCAAGGCAUACACAUCUUGUCGACUUUUUCAUGCAUCUCGUGUGUAACAACGCAGUGCUCACGGAUGUAGCGAAAAACGGCGAAGUGACAUAUAAUUCCCAAAGUCCAGAUGAACUUUGUUUCGUACACGCGGCAAGGUUCGCUGAUUUCAAACUAUUAGAUAAAACAAGCAACUCAAUUACCAUGGCUGUAUUUGGUCGCAGGAUGCGGGUACGAACACUCGCAAUCAUAGAGUUCGAUUACAUACGAAGAUGCAGCUCAGCAAUCAUUGCUUUCCCCAAGGACCCUAAAACGGACCUCGAAGAUCCAGAUCUCAGUAAAUUUAGAAUUGUAUUGUUCUGUAAAGGUGGUGAUAAUGUCAUACUGGGCAAGCUGAAGGAAAAAAGCGAAAUGGACGCCGUAACUGCGUCGUACUGCGAUCAGUACUCCAGGGACGGACUUAGGACACUAGUAUUUGCUAAAAGGGAACUCAGCACGCAUGAGUUUGAUUCAUGGAAUGCAAAGUAUGUGGAAGCACAGGGAAAUAUUCUGAACCGUGAAGAAUCGGUAGCGAAAUGCGCAGCACUAAUAGAGCAGGACCUCGAGCUACAGGGUAUCACCGGUAUCGAGGACAAGUUGCAAGAUGGUGUCGGAGAGGCUAUUGAGCUUCUUGGGCAUGCGGGUAUUAAUGUUUGGAUGCUCACGGGUGACAAUCUGGAGACUGCUAUCAAUAUUGGUAUCGCGACCAAUCUCCUACGCGUAUUCUCCCAGCGUAUAGAACUACACUCGGGAGUAUGUAGGAAAGAAAAUAUGAUUACAAAAGUUCGAGAAUGGCUAACUAAACUCAGGAAUGACCCUGGAGGAGUCGAACACCGAUGCGUGAUCAUCGAUGGUAUAGCAACUGGAGAACUCACCAAGGACGAAAUUGUGGAUGAGUUCGUUGAACUAUGCACAUAUUGUAAUUCAGCCAUAUGUUGUCGCAUGACGCCAGCACACAAAGGGUUGUUCGUAGGAUUGUUCAAGAAAAAGUUAGGCACUGUUGUUAUGGCUGUGGGAGACGGAGGAAAUGAUUGUAAUAUGAUUCAAACCGCCGAUGUAGGUAUCGGUCUUAAAGGCAAAGAAGGAUUGCAAGCAUUCAAUGUCUCGGAUUAUGGCAUCGGACAGUUUAGGUUCCUUGUACCGCUUAUACUCGAUCAUGGACGCAACUGUUACCGUAGGAUAGCAAAGACAGUGGCAUAUAUGUUUUACAAAAACAUAACUCUCAUAUUGCCAAUAUUCUUCUACGGUUAUCUGUCGCUGUUCAGUGGACAGCGUAUUCAAUUGGAGAUACUGGUUGCACUCUAUAAUGUAUUUUUUACCGGAGUCAGCGUUAUCCUUGUAGGAUCUAUAGACCGUGACAUUGACAAGGCUCUGAGCUAUCAGUAUCCCCAUGUAUACCAGUUGGGACAAAAGAAUUACUACCUGAACGCAACAGUAUUUCUGGGAUGGCUUUUCAAUAGCUUACUCCAUGCGGUAGUCAUAUUUUUCGUUGUGACCUUCGGGCUCAGCGACCGGUAUACGCUCCCCAGUAGCGUUGGCAAGCCACUCAAUAGCCCGCAACUUGGUAUAGGUAUGAUGCUCGUAGUCAUGGCCGUGGUGAGCAUCAAGCUGAUAAUGGAAACGUGGUACUAUACACGACUCACUACUGCUACCUAUCUUUUCAGUUUCGCAAACUUCAUGUUAUCCAUUUACGUUGUGUCACUCUCAUCCAAGUUAGGAAGCGCGCUGUUGGGAGGUGCUAUGGCACUGAUGGGCAAUGGACGUUUCUGGAUAGUACUACUGACUUCCAUGAUGGCAGCACUAUAUCGUGACUACCUCAUGAAAGUGGUUAACUACUCAUUCAUGCCACAUUACUAUCAAUAUGUCCAGAGAAAGGAAUACCUCUCCGCGAAACUGCCGUCAUUCGCGGACAUGUCGUAG